CCAAGGCGAUGCAGGCGGACUGGCUGGCUCGGGCGGCUGCGGCGGGAGAUCUGGCGGGAGUACGGAGGCUGCUGCAGGAAGGAGCGGACCCCAAUGGGGUUAACUCAUACGGCAGGACCCCCAUUCAGGUGGUCAUGAUGGGGAACGCCAAAGUGGUGGAGCUCUUGCUUCGGGAAGGAGCCGAUCCGAAUCGUCCGGAUCCCGCUACAGGGUCGCUGCCCGUCCACGACGCAGCUCGCCAGGGCUUCCUGGAGACGCUGCUGGUGCUGCGGGCUGGCGGCGCUCGCCUGGAUGUGCCCGACGCCUUCGGGCGCCUUCCCAUCCACUGGGCCGCCCAGGCCGCCCACCGCCACGUGGUCCAGUUCCUGCAAAGUCAGACAAAUGGCCCCGCCGGGGACACCUCUGCUGGGCGCGAAGGGGAGAAGGGCGCUCGCUGUCCAGAGGGGUCUCCGCCUGGCCUUUGA